CAGUCACACGGCGACGCGCUUGCAGAGAGAGUCGAUCGCCCUUCGGCGCGGUUCACGGCGCGCUCGACGUUUUCAGCUGGGAGGCGCCUUUGUGCGUGCGUGUGUGUGCUUUUGCUCCCAUUCGGCUUCGGAGCCGGUAGCGUUAACGGCGCGCAGCCGGCAGUUCAGCGAUCCCUCGGAGGAAGAAAGCCGUGAGACAGGAACCGGCGCUCCGCUGCGGCAGCAUCGUAGGAGCACCGCCCCGCCCUCUUCAAUUUUCCAAACGGUUCCCUGACGUUCUGUGGACCCGUGGCUGUGAUACCCGUCAGUGCCGUUUCUUUUGUUCGUGCGUCUGACAGGAUUAAACCGAGGGUGCGCCGGCGAACGGUAUCUCUGGUGCCGUACUCUGCGUGACACCUGUGCUCACCGGCUCUCAUCUUUGGAUUCCGGCGUGAAACUUCCGCUCCUGACUUCGCUUCAUCGUUCGGCGUUAAUUGACGGAAAACAGGUGCUCGUAAUGAACGCCACCCGAAGACGCGCUAUGACGUCACUACCGAAGAAGCUUAUUGAAUCGAGUGGGUUUGCCCAAAGCGCUGUCACCACGGAUCCCGUCCAGAUUCAACACCCGGAACCGUUCCCCCUACCGCAGGUGAACAUGCAGAGCGAAGGCCGCCUAGUGGCGACACCCAGCGGCGAGCAGGGCGUCCUCACCCUGGGCGCCGAGAAAGGGCUGGCCAAGAGCGGCCUCACCGUCAGCAUCGUCGUGGAGCCGGUCGAUCCAUCCGCGGCGGCUUGCGUCGACGAUGACCCCUACACCUGCAAAACACCCACACCUGCCGAGGAAGACAUGGUCCGAAGCCUAAUCAUGAACGCCGAGCUGCGUAAGGAGGAGUUUGCCAAGCUGCUCGAAGAGCACGCCCAGAUCGUCAUGGAGAUCAACAAGGCCGAGAACAGCCUCGCAUAGCCGCCUAUGGCCAGAGUUUCGCCACAAUUACCGCCACCAUUGCCACCUCCGCCGUCAGCGCCACCUAGGCCUACGUAGCCCCACCGGACGUCCAGCCUUUGUCUCCCGCAAGAAACCGCGGCAGAAGAAAGCAUGAUAGAAGGACGUCUCGUCACAGACCGUUUUUAAGUUGUUUCCCCUUAGCGGGUGUGGUGUUUUUUUGAGAGAGAAACCCUGGGGCUCUAUUAGCGGGGACAUUUGCUAACUAGCGCACCUCCGGUGCUGAGUUGAGACGCAUUGCCAAACGUGUCGGUACGUCUUGUUCCGUUCUGAAACUAACCUUGCACAGUGGCAGUUGGCUGUUGGUAAUCGCCAAAGUUAACCGGCGAACACGGCGGCUUCCCUUCGAUUUCUUCAAUUAAAAAUUUUGUAGUUGGCCGUAACUUGCCGAUACGAAACACUUCUGACUGAUCUUCCCUCCGCUAGGUGCUAGUGCUAAUUGGCUCUGAAUAGUGUCGUGUGCACAAUCGUUACUCCUUACUUUAGCAAUUGGUACAACAGCCAUAGGCAGCACUUUAUCCGCGCUGUGGACCUGACAUGACCCACAGCGAAACACGCCGGAGACGGUAGCCUUUCGUCAAGUGAAAGCGCCAGUUUUCUGCCGCCGAGUGGAAUAAAAACGUACAAUCUUACGCGUUGAUAGCCCACUGUUUUAAAAACAAUGGCUGCGGCAAACGCAAAAGACCGUUAUAGAGACGUGUAUACGAUGUUCUGCAAUGCAGAGCCUGGCCAAUCCGUCUGUAGUCGCUUCGUAGUAGGGAAGAUGUGCAUAGUCUAUUAAAUGAGUGAUGGCCACUUCAUGCACAUCUCUCUCCGCCGGGUGCACAGCUUAGAUCAGAAGAAACACAUUUGAACCCGAAUAGAGCACAUUCAUUUCUGGUAAGAAGUUACCCGGUGUGAAAAAUGAAGGGUACAAUACUAUAGCUUGUUUCCUUUGAGAGUAGUAGUUGGCGCUCGCAAUUAGACUCAAAGUAGGAGGAACUUGCAUUUUUUGCACGACCAGCAGACGGCGCUCUCCAUCGAUGUAGGACUGUUGACGUCGUCUGGCACUGGUGUCGUUACGUCCUUUGCUCUCAAGCGCCCCGUUACCUUGCGCUAUAAUUGCGAGUCAUUGUGACGCAUUAGUUUCACUGGGGCUGUCCGAAGAACGUAAUGGUCCAUCGAGAUAACUGCAAGACUUAAGUGGUAAUUUAGACUGUGGUGUGAUUCUCACCAUAGGAAAUCUGAGUUUUAAAUAUAUGCAGAUACGCUGCCAUCUGCGAACAGCUUUAGUUAACUUGUUCAGAUGGAGCAUGCGAACAUGAGGUUUGUGUCUGUAGCUAGAGAAAUCAGUCUUUGCGCGCGCAAGAAUCAAUGCGUGUCCUCGAUAGUCUUGUCAAAGGAAGCAAGCAGCCUUUUCUGUCAAUCUUAUCGUGGCUGUAAGCAACAGAACCAUGGGUGUAAUUUUUCUAGAGGACUACUGUCAUCGAAUGUGCCAUAAAUGAACUCCGAUCCGAAGGCGCAAGCCAGCCUACAGUGUCGUGCGCUGCAGCACAAACUUAGCCACCUCGGACCCAAUUAUAUGCUUUCGAUGAUAAAAGACAAAGGGCAAAUUUUUUCAAUCUCGUCUGCCUAGCAGUCGAUGUUUGGAAACCGUCUGAAAGUUCGUAUAUCCUGGGUCCCAAGUCCGACCUACUUCGGAGCAGUACUCCACAAUGACGAAAUUUAAUUAUUAUGCUGACCUGCCGACUAGGAACGUUUUCUUGACGUCAAUAUAAUUUCAUCUGAGUUUAGUAAAUGUCCGAGCAUAAUGUCUUUCGAGGACGUUUAGUAGCUCAUUUGCAAAGCCUGCGAAAGCUGCUCUUCUGAUCAGACGGCCACAAUCGCAUCCUUCAGUUAGGUGUUGCGGGAGUAGCUGGCUAAUCUAUAUUGAGUUGGGCGUUUUUCAGCAGAAGGUUUCCGCCGUUCUGCCAUGGUUGUUGUUUACUUGGGUUCGCUUCGCGUUUUGGCCGCCAGGACGCUGCAUAUCAUUUUUUCAUCCGGGGAACAUUAAGGCUGAUAACCGCACUUUCUAAGUUGUCGCAGGGGUACAAAACCAGUGCACAAAUUUAUGCCCUGUCCAUGCUGUGAACUUCUUGAAACGAGAGGUGUCUGGCCUGCACCACGUAAUGCUCAGGCGUUGUAUUUAAAGCAGCACAAAUGUGAUGUUAUUGUGAACUGUCCGGAUCACGGAGGUUGCAGAUGUAUUUUUUUUUUCAGCCUUCGCGCCGGACACCUCUUCUGCUGUUUCGUGUAUUUACUUUGGCUGUCAUGUGUAUUUUUGUUUCGUUAUUCACAUUUAUAGGUUUCUUUUCGCUGCUUCUGAAAACUAUGGUUGUGUGCUCUCCGAGAUUUCCUUGAUGUUCGGUAGCGUUCUUGUAGUUGUGUACAUAGCUUUACAAAAGUUGUAAGCCCUCUAUUGUACAUUUCCUUCAUUUUAAACUCUCUCUCUCUCUUUUUGCCGAAAUAGCGGGAACGAUGUCCGGUCAUGUUCACCGUACUCGUAAAGAUGGGCUAGAGACGUCGUUUCCAUUUUCUGAAUAUAUUUUUAUUCAUUUUGGCCUAUGUUGGUUACCAGCGUGUGUACACUACGUAUGUCAACAUUUGUGAUGUCAAAUAGUUAAAAAAAUGAUGCGUGUGUAAAAAGUGAUGUUCGUGCUGUAUUCUUUAUGUGCACAACCGGUAGAAACGUGACAGAAGGUCAUGGCUCUCUUGGGUGUGACAUUUCUUUUUUGUUUUUCUUGCAUUGUCGUGCGUGCUUUACAGAGUCGUAUAUAUUUGGGAUGCGGAACUGUUGUCACUGCUUCAUUAGAUAUAUGCAGCGUAGCGGAUACGUUUACUAGUCGUUUACUGGGCGCUUAGCCUCUACGUGUAUUGAAACUCGGGGGAGGGGAGGCAUACCGCAGUGGAAGCACCUCGGGACGCUAUGAUAGACUAUAAGAUUCUGGAAAAUAUUUUGUACUGUACAGACUACUCUUUCCUGGGAACACCCAGAAACGCAUUUGCGGUGAUUACUCGCCAGCAGACGAGUCUAACGUAACUGGUCAUUACAAUCUGCGCUUUGAUUCAACACCUCGCGGUAGGUUGGCUGCUUCCAGUAUCGCGUCUGCGCCAGUAUAACGUCUCCGCUGUGCUGAAACUCUAUAGAUUUCCACGCUUGCCGUACGUGGUGUUGUCCGAACACUUGCAUUAUUUGUACGCCGGAAAUGGUGUACCGCGUUGUGUGUGUGUGGUUUGACGCGAGUAUCUCGACUAACUGUUUGGCCGAGGUCGUGUGAUUUUUGCGAGAAGCGGUGGCGUUCUGUUGCGAAGAAGCGGCCGCUCGGUGGUGAACCAGUUCCUCUUCCUGUUACGUUUCGCGGCGAGCAGCAGGCGCCGUUUCGUGGUAUGUGCUAUCGUGGCGCGCGUGUGAAUUCAACUUCCUGAAGUCUCUUGUGUAUCAGUUUUUUUUUUUUUUUCGUUUCGUUACGUUUUUUUUUUUUUUUUUUUUUUUUUUUUUUUUUUUUUUUUGUCACGCGUGACGAUGCUGUUGUAUGCUAGGAAACUUCUCUUCGUGAAAGUUCGCCGUGUACGUACGUUGUGAAUUUUCAAAUUCCCCGUAAAGUCCCCUGCAUUGCGCCUGCUCGACAAGAAUGGCUGCGAGAAAAAAAAGGGGGGGAAAGAAUAACAUUUAGCCGAGCGCUUGUUCCGGAAACUGAGUGCGCCUCGUACCUUGCCAAAUUUCUCAUAAUUUCGAGCUGGCUUUAGCUUCGUCGCUUGCUUGCUUGCCACGAUGCAAAAAGUUAAUCAUCUCAAACUCGUCAUCAAAUUCGGGCUCGAGAGCAGUUAAGUUGGCUCGCCACUGACAUAUAAUAGUUCAAAAGCACCACUGAGCUGACUCAUAGGAAAGGACGUUCAUUAAAUGUAGGUCAGCUCGUGCGUCACGGUAUAUCAUUAAAUAUUCUCCUGAGAACAACGAACGUAGUGUACGUCGUCCUGUGGAAAAAAAAAAGCUGGAACUUUACGGGGCAUUCAACUUUUCACAUUGUCGUCGCGAGAAUGCAAGGGUGGUUCAACUUUCAUCCAGUGUAAUUUAUGCCGUGUCCUCUUUGUUAUUUAAGUGAGAAACAAAACCAAAGCGAGGCGUGUGUGUGUUUCACGCACAGUUCAAUAGCAGCGAAUGUGAUGAUGUAUCCGUACAAGAAGCCUGUUUAUAUAGAAUUUGUACGCGUUUUUGUUCAUAGGUGUAUCUUGUGAUUCCUCUUUAUACAUAAAGUGUCCUCACACCACA